GUUACCACAUGUAGUCAGAAAACAUUAGUUCAGAGAACAAGUUGGGACUCACAACAAGGACCAAGGACUAAAAACAAGACGCUAGUUCCUACUAUCUACAAACUACAAAACAGCCAACUAUAAACCUAUUCAUCCAGAUCUAACUACAAAGUCAAUAUGGAAUUUGAGUCAAACUGCAGUCUAAUGAAGAACACCUCUGCCAGUGUGGCAUGGAGCUCCAAGCUUCCUCAGGGUCUGGAUGUGGAAAUAUCCCAUCACCCCAUCACCCUGCACUGUGUGGCCAACCUCAUCAUCGCCAUGGAGAGGCUAAAUGGUGGCAAGGGGUUUACCCUGGGAACCGAGUUCAGGGAUGAGGACCUGCUAAAUUUCUUGCUAGAGAGCGCAGUGGAAGAACAUAUAGUGUUGGAGUUGGAGUCGGCGCACACAGAGCGCAGUGAAGCCAGCAGAGCUCCAGGGUUCAGCAGUAAAGGAGAGUACGAGUGUAGUGUCACUGACUCUGAGAAUAAGUGCUGGGUGCUGAACAAAGGGUCUAUGGAGCUGCAUGCUAUGAUGCUGCAGGGAGGCAGCAGCUACCAUAAAGUGCAUUUGAACCUGUCUACAUACGUAACGCCUGUCCCCAGUGAGACUGAAGCAAGACCUGUAGCCCUGGGCAUCAAGGGAUCCAACCUCUACCUAUCCUGUGUCACAUCAGGAGGCAGGCCCACCCUGCACCUAGAGGAGGUGGCAGACAAGGAGCAGCUGAAGUCCAUCAACCAUGAGAGCGACAUGGUGCGCUUCCUCUUCUACAAACGGGACACCGGAAUUGACAUCAGUACCCUGGAGUCUGCCCAUUUCAGGAACUGGUUCAUCAGCACGGCCCUACAGCAGGACAACACCAAGAUGGUGAACAUGUGCCAGAGGGAUUCCUCCAACCGCUUAACCACCUUCACUAUCCAGCGCCACAACUAAGGUGGCUGCCGAAACUGACACCACACCAGUCUCUCAUAGAGAUCCUAUAUAAUUCAAUGUUAUUUUUUAUUUUUGUUGAACUUUUAUUUAACUAGGCAAUAGAGAUUAUAUAUGUGAUUCUAUAGGGCCUUUGUGGUCAGGGCUGGAUUGCCACUGUCUGUACGUCUAAAGAUUAGGUGUAUGUUUGUAAGACACAAUAACUUCUUCAGGUUGUAUGUAUGUAUGUAUGUAUGUAUGUAUGUAUGUAUGUAUGUAUGUAUGUAUGUAUGUAUGUAUGUAUGUAUGUACUGUAUGCAUGUAUGUAUGUACUACUAGUGCAAUUCACCAUUGGGGUGUAUUGACUUGGUCAAAGUUUACCACAAGAUGGCGACUUUGAGUCAGAUUGUGGCAAGCGCCCAUGAUAUUUAUUGUACCGUAUUUAUUGCUGAAAGCCAAAAUGAACGUAUUGCUUAGUGUAAUUACAUUUCUACUAAUCAUAAUAUUGUUCUACUAUUUAUUAAUGUAUUUAUAUUUCAGUGAUUAUACUUAUUUAUCAUUGUAUUUAUUUGUCACUCUGUUGAUGUUGCACUUAUUCAUUGAUACAUGCAAACAUUUGAAUUGUCCUACAUAUGUGCUCUU